GUCCGGAAGUAGGACAACUCACGUGCAGAGUAGCACUGGGCAAUGAAAAACAGAAAAAAGAACAGUAAUGUGUCCAGAAAGGCCAAAUUUAAACCUGGAUCUAAAAAGAGGGAAAAUAAGUGCGUCGUUAUGUUUGACGACAAAGAGAGAGAGGACUAUCUCACCGGUUUUCAUAAGAGGAAAGUUGAACGGAGGAAAGCCGCAAUAGCGGAAAUACGCAAAAAGAUCAAGGAUGAGCAGAACAGAGUUCGGGAAGAGAGGCAUAAAGAAUACAUGAAAAUGUUAAAGGAGCGAAAAGAAGCGCUUGAAGAAAGUGAGGACGAUCUAGAGGAUGUGAUCACCAGCACGACGGAGUCCGUUCAGGUGGAUCACCCAAAUCACACGGUCACCGUGACAACCAUCAGUGAUCUGGACCUCACCUCCAAUCAUCUGCUUGAACGAGUCACGAAUAAGGUCAGCAGGGAGAAUAAAGAGGAUGAGGAGACAACGACGACAACAACAAUGCCCAAAAAAUCUGGAAAUCCCAUCAUGAACAAAAAGAUCCGCUCGCUCACCGCAUCACUCAGUGCCUACACCAGCAAGGGGAAGAGGAAAGGGAAGCAGGAAGGCGGAGGAGGACGAGGCCGGCAGACAGACAAGAGGGCCGCUGUCGGCGAGAGUAAAAUCAGCGCCAGGAAGACCAGCAAGUUGCAUAGACGACGAAUGACGGGGAAGAAACGGCAUCAGGAAGACUGAAAAAUCAUCUUUUGUGGACCAUUUUAGCUAUUUGGGCUGAACACGGCAAAUGGCGCAGACAGACCACAGUGCUGCAGCCACAACAUUAGGACCGCUCGCAUAAUCCAAUGGAAUCCAAUACGAAAGAUGCACUGCCAGGGACGUAGUGACUGAAUGGUGUGUUUAUUGCUGUGUUUAUAGUUGGCAGUCGUUGCUGCAGUGCAUCACUGAGAGGUGUCUCUUAUAUUUUGACUCUUAGUUAGACAUUCAAAACCGUAUAACUCCACUGCUGUAAAAAAUAUUCAUUUCCACAAGAAGUCUUUAUUUUGUAGUGUUUUUAUAUCGUAAAUGUAUGCAUUAAACAUUAUUCUUACCACUAA